AUGUCCAACAGCAGCUCCAUCAGGCACUUCCUCCUGCUGGCAUUGGCAGACACGCGGCAGCUGCAGCUCCUGCACUUCUGCCUCUUGCUGGGCAUCUCCCUGGCUGCCCUCCUGGGCAAUGGCCUCAUCAUCAGCGCCGUAGCCUGCAGCCACCACCUGCACACGCCCAUGUUCUUCUUCCUGCUCAACCUGGCCCUCAGCGACCUGGGCUCCAUCUGCACCACUGUCCCCAAAGCCGUGCACAAUUCCCUCUGGGACACCAGGACCAUCUCCUACAAAGGAUGUGCUGCGCAGGUCUUCUUUUUUGUUUUCUGCGCGACUACAGAGUUUUUCCUCCUGACCAUCAUGUGCUACGACCGCUAUGUGUCCAUCUGCAAACCCCUGCACUACGGGACCCUCCUGGGCAGCAGAGCUUGUGCCCACAUGGCAGCAGCUGCCUGGGCCA